AUGCUCAACUCCGUCCUCCGCAGACUUCAAGGCGGAAACCUUGAAGUUUUCAAGUUUGGUCUAUAUGUCCUUUUUCCUAUCGGCUGGAUGUACUACUUUGGCACCAACCUUGAAGAACGCUUCUCGAUUCCCGACUUUUGGCCCAAGUCUGAACACUCGCAUAAAAUCCCGCUAGAAAAGAGCGAUAUUGAAGCCGAGCUGGCGAGAAUGAACCGGGAAAAAGAGAGGAAGAGGCUAAGACGAUUGGAGCUGGAGGCCGCAGCAGCGACUGCGGGGAACGAGGGGUCACAAGCUGAGAGACAAUGA